AUGGCUCUCCCUCCCAAGUUCGCCGCCCACAAGCUACUCUUCGCCCCGCCCCCGGCCGCCCCCUCAUCCGUCCCCCACGCCACGCACACGCUCGAGCUGUACCUCGAUUACUGCUGCCCCUACUCGGCCAAGCUCUUUCGCGCGCUGCAGGCCAUUGUCACGCCGCUCGUCCACGCCGACCCUGCGUGGGCGCGCGGCCUCGCCGUCGUCUUCCGCCAGCAGGUCCAGCCCUGGCACCCGUCGUCGACGCUGCUGCACGAGAGCGCCCUCGCCGUGCUGCGGCUUGCCCCCGACAAGUUUUGGGAAUUUAGCGCCGCCUUGUUCGACGCGCAAAAGUCCUUUUUUGAUAUCAACGUCGUCAAUGAGACGCGAAAUGACACUUAUCGCCGCCUGGCCAAGAUAGCGGGCGGCGUCGGCGUCGACGAGGACAGAGUGUAUGAGCUGCUGGCCAUUCCGGAAACGGCCGAGAGUGACGGCGCGCUGAAUGUCGGUAACGGUGUUACGAAUGACCUCAAGUUGGUUAUCAAAAUGAAUAGGCUUAUCGGCGUGCACGUUUCGCCCACUGGCGUCUUUGACGGUGUCGUCCAGGAUAUUGGCUCCGCAUGGGGCGAGAAGGAGUGGAAGGAGUGGCUUACCAAGAAUGUGGUUUAA